AUGAAUUGUGAUUGUGUACCUUUAAGAUCUGAAUUAGAAAAUAUUAGAAAUAAAUAAUCAAUUUUAUUAAGAGACCAUUAAAUGCAAUUAGAAUUGAUAAAACAAAAACUAAAGAAUAAUAUGAAAGUUUAUUGCACAAAACAAGGUUACUAAAAAAUAAAUGAAUAGGGAAUUAACAAAUUAAAAGAAAUAAUUGUUAUAAAAAAUUCUGAAAUAGAAAUUCUAAUUCAUACUAACUAAAAAUAUCGAGCUUAGUUAAAUUAGGAAGAAUAAAUAAGCAACUUAAAGAUUUAAAAUCUGAAAAAGGAAUCUCAGGAUAUUGUCUCAUUAAAUAUUAUAUAACAAGGAGAAAUUAAUAAAUUUAAGUUGGAGCAACCUUAAAGAGAAGAUUUAUUAAAUGAAUAAUAUUAAUUGCGUUUAGAAGAAAUUUAGAAUUAUUACUCUUAAUUCUUAAAGCUAAAUGGAAAAGAGAAGUAUAAAAUGCUUAAUAAAUAAGAUGAAUUAAUGUAAAAAGAAAAAGUACUUAAUGAAUAAAUAAAUAAUCAAUUUUCAUUAAUUUAAUUGUUAGAAAUAGAAUAAUUAGAUAAAAUAUCAAUAAUCAAUUAUAAUGAAAAGGAUCUAUAAAAAUUUUAGAUUGAUUAAUGA